CGAGUGCGUUUUUUUUUUGUUUAUUUACAAAAAGUUUUGUGUAUUUCAAAAAACAUGUAAAGUUAUUCAAAAGUGACCAAUUGUUAUUCGAAAGUGUAAUUAUUUAACAAAAUGAAGGUUAUAGAAGCCAAAAUAGUUGUACUUGGAUCACAAGGUGUGGGCAAAACGAGUUUGGUCGUGCGUUACAUCGGGAAGAUGUUCUCGAAGCACGUUUCACCUACCAUCGGAGCGUCUUUCUUCACGUGCAACAUUAGCGUCGAAAACGCAAGAGUCAAACUCCAGGUCUGGGACACGGCUGGUCAGGAGAGGUUCAGGUCAAUGGCCCCGAUGUACUACAGAAACGCCAACGCCGCGCUGCUGGUCUUCGACAUCACGAGCAUGCAAAGCUUCACAGCCAUCAAGGGCUGGGUCAAAGAACUACAAAGCAAUGUUCCAGAGGCGAUGGUGUUGUCCGUUGUCGGCAAUAAAAGCGAUCUAGAAUCCCUGAGAGCGGUCCCUUACAAUGAGGCGACGCAGUAUGCCGCCACCAUCGGGGCCGCUUACUGCGAAACGUCCGCGCUGCACGAUCAGGGCAUCGAAAAAGUGUUCAAGAACACCGCGAUAUCACUGCUGCAACUGUCCUCCAGUAACCUGGUCUCCUCGCUGCGAUCCUAUGAUUCAACAGAAGAGAAAAUUCCAACAGCCAGCACAACCGACGACCGCGCGACCCACACCGCCAAAGUGGAGCUGCCGGCCUGGAGCAUCGACAGCAUAGCGCACGGGGAACCCCAGAAAAACAUGUGUUGCUAGCCUUUAAAAAAGUUCCCCAAAUUACGGGUAAUCCGGCUCUGUUAUUACCCAAGGAAUGAAUCGGAGCAAAACUGCGGACAAUAUUGACAAUGUUAUUAUUAAUAAUUCAGUAUCAGAGAGUGAUAAAAGUCUGAAGUUUUCAGCUGAUGUCUAGGGGCAUCAGUGAGUGCUAGCCGUCACAGCGAUGUGCUUGUAUGUCCGUUCAGUUUAUAAUCAGUGAAAUUGGUUAAUGAUAAAUCGAAACUAUUAACCACAUGUGACG